AUGAUAUGGAUAUACGGUAGCCGCUUUGCACAAAAUGGUUUCAAUUCAGUACCAUCAGUAACGAAUUCAAAUAUUGUCAAAUUAGUUGAUGGCUAUUCGGUCUACGAUUGUGAAAUGCAUAAUGAUAAAACGACCAAUACACAAUUAACUUGUUAUGCGCCAGCUUUACCUGAAAGUGUUUAUCAAAUCCGUGUUUACGUCAAUGGUCAACUACAAGAUGAUUGGGCAAAUAAUUCACUUUGCAAUGGUACAAGACCAUCAAGUGCAAGUGUUCAAGAACCAGGAAAUCAAACAACAGUAACAUUAGGUGUCAUAAGUACACUGGUAUUAGUAAUUCCUUCAGCAAAGUGCCGUUCACAAAGUAGAUGUGAUACUCAACCAGUACUCAAGUCUUAUGAUGUAUCGGGUAAUGUUAUACAAAAAUUAGAUUCCGAUGAUCAACCAUGA